AUGUCUACUUCUUCUACUCCCGGCCGGGAGAACACGAAGAACUCCAGGAAGUUUUCAGGAGAGGCACGUGGAAAGAGACCACCGGAUUUGGAGCUCUCUGAAACCGCAUUUAAUGGGCAUGAAUCAGGAACAGCUGCGGGCAGCAACGACACAAUGCAAGGAGAAGGCAGCUCCCGUGUUGAAGCCCCUGGUCACCUGGACCCCUACCUGUCUCAUCCCCGGAUGUCUGUGCGGAUGUCAGUGUACAGCACCGGGGUUCGCCCAGCUGUUACCCGCGCCUACAUCCAGGGACGGGUGUAUAACUUUCUGGAAAGGCCGUCUGGCUGGAAGUGCUUCAUGUAUCACUUCACAGUGUUCCUCAUAGUACUGGCCUGUCUGAUCCUCAGUGUCCUCUCUACCAUCGACCAAUUCCAAGCUCUGGCUCACACAACUCUCUUCUGGAUGGAAAUCGUCCUUGUGGUGUUCUUCGGUGUGGAAUAUUUUGUCCGCAUUUGGUCCGCAGGCUGCCGCAGUAAAUAUGUUGGCAUCUGGGGCCGACUACGCUUUGCCAGGAAGCCAAUAUCUAUUAUAGAUCUGAUAGUGGUUGUCGCUUCGAUAGUUGUGUUGUCAGUGGGCUCGAAAGGCCAGGUUUUUGCCACCUCUGCAGUAAGAGGGAUUCGCUUCCUGCAGAUCCUGCGAAUGCUGCAUGUUGACAGGCAGGGAGGAACCUGGCGUCUCCUGGGCUCAGUUGUCUUCAUCCAUCGGCAG